UUUGCGCGUCCAAUCAUCUUCCAGUUUCAAAAAAUUAUAUAUAGGGGGCCGAGCUGCGCGUUCGUCACUCACGUUGCGAAUCGUUGUAGGAUAAACAUCUUCGUUUGUAUCUCUUCUAUUUAAAAAAGCAAAAAAGGUAGAGAAAUGGCUGCUACUAAAGCACCCGCAGUUGGUAUUGAUCUUGGCACGACCUACUCCUGUGUCGGAGUUUUCCAACACGGAAAGGUCGAAAUCAUCGCCAACGACCAAGGAAAUCGUACCACGCCUAGUUAUGUUGCCUUCACAGACACAGAGCGUCUCAUUGGAGAUGCGGCCAAAAACCAGGUGGCGAUGAACCCCAACAACACCAUCUUUGAUGCUAAGAGACUGAUUGGUCGUCGUUUCGAGGACGCUACCGUCCAGGCUGAUAUGAAACAUUGGCCUUUCGAAGUCAUUAGUGACGGUGGUAAACCUAAGAUACAAGUUCAGUACAAGGGAGAGACGAAGACCUUCUUCCCUGAAGAAGUGAGUUCGAUGGUCCUAGUGAAGAUGAAGGAAACUGCUGAAGCUUACCUCGGCAAGACCGUCACCAACGCUGUGAUCACUGUUCCCGCCUAUUUCAACGACUCGCAGCGUCAGGCAACCAAGGAUGCUGGAACCAUCUCCGCCCUGAACGUUUUGCGAAUCAUCAACGAACCCACUGCCGCUGCCAUCGCGUACGGUCUUGACAAGAAGGCAGUCGGUGAACGCAAUGUUCUCAUCUUCGAUCUGGGCGGCGGCACCUUCGACGUCUCCAUCUUGACCAUCGAAGAUGGUAUCUUUGAGGUCAAGUCAACAGCCGGAGACACCCAUCUUGGAGGAGAGGACUUUGACAACCGCAUGGUCAACCACUUUGUCCAGGAGUUCAAGCGCAAGUACAAGAAAGAACUUACCAGCAACAAGCGAGCUCUUCGUCGGUUGAGAACCGCCUGCGAGCGCGCGAAGAGAACUCUCUCUUCCUCCACCCAAGCGAGCAUCGAAAUCGAUUCUCUCUACGAGGGAGUCGACUUCUACACUUCCAUCACCAGAGCUCGUUUCGAAGAACUGUGCGCUGACCUCUUCAGAGGAACCCUCGAACCAGUGGAGAAAUCCCUCCGGGAUGCCAAGAUGGACAAGGCCCAGAUCCACGACAUCGUUCUCGUCGGUGGCUCCACCCGUAUCCCCAAGAUCCAGAAGCUCCUUCAGGACUUCUUCAACGGAAAGGAGCUCAACAAGUCCAUCAACCCCGAUGAGGCUGUAGCUUACGGAGCUGCCGUCCAAGCGGCCAUUCUUCAUGGAGACAAGUCCGAAGAGGUCCAAGACCUUUUGCUUCUUGAUGUCACUCCUCUUUCUCUCGGUAUCGAAACCGCUGGAGGUGUCAUGACUGCUCUCAUCAAGAGAAACACCACCAUUCCUACCAAACAGACCCAGACCUUCACCACUUACGCCGAUAACCAACCUGGCGUGUUGAUUCAGGUCUAUGAAGGAGAGCGUGCGAUGACCAAGGACAACAACCUUCUUGGAAAGUUCGAGCUUAGUGGAAUCCCACCCGCACCACGAGGAGUUCCGCAAAUCGAAGUCACCUUUGACAUUGACGCCAACGGUAUCCUGAACGUCUCUGCCGUGGACAAGUCAACUGGUAAGGAGAACAAGAUCACCAUCACCAACGACAAGGGUCGUCUGAGCAAGGAGGACAUUGAAAGGAUGGUGAACGAAGCCGAGAAAUUCAGAAGCGAAGAUGAGAAGCAGAAGGAAACCAUCUCUGCCAAGAAUGGCCUCGAGUCGUACUGCUUCAACAUGAAGAGCACCGUCGAAGAUGAGAAAUUAAAGGACAAGCUCAGCGCGAGUGACAAGCAGGUCGUCCUCGAUAAAUGCAACGACAUUAUCAAGUGGCUCGACGCCAACCAACUCGCAGAUAAGGAAGAAUUUGAGCACAAGCAGAAAGAACUCGAAGGCAUCUGCAACCCGAUCGUCACCAAACUUUACCAAGGAGGCGGUAUGCCUGGUGGAAUGCCCGGAGGCUUCCCAGGAGCACCUGGUGGAGCAGCUCCCGGAGCUGGUGGCGCUGCCCCAGGAGCCGGUGGCGCAUCCGGGCCCACCAUCGAGGAAGUCGAUUAAACAACUCGUCGAUAACUUCUUUUGCACUGCCAGAAAUUCUUCUCUUAUGAGAAAGAAAUAAUAAAAAAAUAGAUGAAUUAAUUCGUGACGUACUAACUUCAGUUCUUCGACCUGGCUGUAUUUAUUUCGCGUUUAUUUUUCAGGAUAUGAUCGAUUUUUAUGCUCGUACGAGACCAUUCUCAUUUUUCUAGUAUUUUCCAUUAUUAAAAAUACAAUACACAGUAUUUCUUGAAU